AAUGUGUUGACCAGCAGCCAACAUCGGUGGGGAUGGCCGCAGACGGAUGUUGGCGAUAGUGAGGAAUGGUCAGCUGAUACUUCCAGUGGUAGUGCGCGAGUGAUGUGAUGAACCCGGGGGCCUCCACAGCGUCCCAGAGCCCGGCGUCUACCGGGGCGACGGGCACGGCGACCGCGGCCGCCGCCACCCAGGUCAACGGGGGUAGGUUCGACUUCGACGACGGGGGCACCUACUGCGGCGGCUGGGAGGACGGCAAGGCACACGGCCACGGGGUGUGCACGGGCCCCAAGGGUCAAGGCGCGUACAGCGGCUCAUGGCACUACGGCUUCGAGGUCUCCGGGGUAUACACAUGGCCCAGUGGCAGCACGUUCGAAGGCCAGUGGCAGAACGGCAAGAGGCACGGGCUCGGCGUGGAGUCGCGGGGUCGGUGGUUGUACCGGGGCGAGUGGACGCAGGGGUUCAAAGGUCGAUACGGAGUCCGGCAAAGCAACACCUCCAACGCCAAGUAUGAAGGCACCUGGGCCAACGGACUCCAGGACGGCUAUGGAUCUGAGACCUAUGCGGAUGGCGGUACCUAUCAGGGACAAUGGUUGAGAGGGAUGAGGCAUGGGUAUGGUGUGAGGGCGAGUGCUCCCUUCGGCCUGGCCUCGCACUAUCGCCCCAACAAGACACUGCGGGCGUCUCUGACAUCCCUCCGCAGCAACGAAGGCGCAGCGGGCGCGGAGGCUGCUGCCGAGAGAGACCGUAAGAUGGAUGACUCGCGGGGCGGCUUUGUGUUGAAGGCGAGGAGUGAUGAACCUCCAGUCCGUCGGCGAUCACUAGUCGAAAAGUCGAGCGGGAUCAAAAAAUCUAUCCUUUCUGGGCUGAAGAUCCGCAAGCAGCGCAGCACGGGAGACCUAGAGAAGCGUGGGAUAUCCGGAGGUAGUAUCCGCAGUACGGGUUCUAGUGCAUCAUGGGUCAGUACUGAGUCUUCUCACUCGGGCGUCACUAGUGGUUCUGUACACACAGACUCCAAUGCCAGCUUUGUGGUAGAGGAUGAACACAUGGACGCCAGUGUUACUGAGACUUAUAUGGGGGAGUGGAAAAACGAUAAAAGAUCAGGUUUCGGAAUAAGUGAACGUUCAGACGGACUUAGAUACGAGGGGGAGUGGUUCGGUAAUAAAAAAUACGGCUAUGGUGUCACGACUUUCAGAGACGGGUCGAAAGAAGAAGGGAAAUAUAAGAACAAUGUUUUAAUUACCUCCCAAAAGAAAAAACAUUUAUUCCUCAUACGUUCAGCUAAGUUCAGAGAGAGGAUAGACGCUGCUGUCAAUGCGGCUCAACGUGCCUCCAAGAUAGCUCUACAGAAGGCUGAUAUCGCCAUAUCAAGAACAGCGACGGCUCGCGGCAAGGCAGAGCUGGCUGACGUGGCGGCUGAGCAGGCCCGAGAGGACUUUGAGAUCGCGCGAUCAGUUGCCAAGCAGUUUGCUCCCGAUUUCACCCAACCAGGGCUGGAAAAGUUAAGAAGUAGAGAAAUUCCAAAAUAUCGGCCUCCUCCAGAGGAUAUGCAACCGUCUAAAUCAAUUUUACAAAAAUCUACCCAUUCAACCGACUCCAAUGUUCCUACAACGGCCAUGAACUCCAUAUCAAACCCAUCACAUCCGAGUACAUCACAGUCACAGUACGAAUCACAGUACCAAUCCAAACAACAAUCGUAUCAAGCCCAACAAUCGCAAAAUUCCCAACAAUCACAGUAUCAACAGUCAUCAAACUAUCCCAACACACAGCAGUCUUCGAUCUCACAAACACAAGCACAAUACAACCAAUCCCCUCAGCAUCAGUUGGAAACACAACAGCAACAACAGUAUCAAGCCCAACAACAGUAUCAGGCUGAACAACAACAGCAACAGUUUCAACAACAAUUCCAAAAACAGUUUCAUUCUACCCAGCCCCAAAACUACCCGCCAAAUCAGCAAAAUCAAGAUAAGCUACCUCAACAGCUGGUGACUCCCCCCACCCCUCAGCCUGAACAGCAUAAGAUGAACCCUGCUACCUCCGAGAGCCAAUACCCAAGAAACGAACUGAGGCGCAACUCCAGGCAGGUUCAACCAUCAGGAGACGCGCCUGGCUACAACUUCCAACAGGCGAUGAGUGAUCACUUCGACCACUACAAGCGACCGCCUAGCAGAGACAGUAGCGUGGACCGCUACAGUCGAGCAGCCAGCCGCUUAGCAGGCAGUCGACAGCCAUCGGUGGACAAAGCACUUCCACCGGAACCGUCAACCCCCCGCGCCCCUUCCUUAGCACGUUCCACAACCCCCGUAGCGGGGAACGGAGCUGCCGUGGGGGCGGGGAAACCUGCCUAUGUGGUGCCUAACUUACCUUCCAGUCCCCAGCCGCCUUUUGAAGACGUCAUCAUCAGGAAACGGGGUCUUGGUCAAGAUAUUGUGCCUUCGCCUCUGGGCAAGCCAGCCAGAACUGAAUCACUCUAUGUUGCAGCAGCUACGAAAAAGGCAGCACCUCCACCGAUUAAGCCCUCGGCGACGGUCCUUCCUCACACUCGACUCCUUCCCCACUCUCCCCCCUACGGUAUAGACUACGGCAGAUUGGACCGGUUGAUAGCAGAUCAGCUGUGGCGCAAGCAUCACAAUAAAAAGCCAAUGAGUUUUAUUUGGAUUCCACAGAAAGGCUGCCGGUCCACAAGGUCUGAGGCUAAGAUCAGGUUUUUGGUCACCUUGUUCCUUCUAUCCCUGAGUGUCCAGGGACCCAAAAAAGUGUCACUUGCCCAGGGCAGAUACUGUUGUGAGGCAGUCCCAUACCACCUUGGACUUGAACUCUCAGGAGUCAAGUGCCUUGUGCGCCUGGCUGUCUGUGAAAAUAGAAAUGUUUAA